AUGCCUGCUGAAGGCGACUCUGCGGCGACUGGUUUGGCCGCGGAAGAUCCAGUUGGCUCCGACAAUGAGCCCCCGAAGCACGGUGCUACCGGCACGAAACGGCGUGUUGCAGCGCGUUGGUCCAACGCGAACGAUGAGACCAUGGUCUCCAUUCUGGAGAAGAACAAGACCGAGGGCCGGCAAGCCGACUCCGGCUGGAAACCCGGUGUCUGGACGGAGGUCUCGCGCGAACUCCAAGGGGGCCCGGGAGGCGUCAAAACGGUGAAGAGCUGCCAAGAUCGGUGGCGUACACUUCUGAAGGAAUACAACACCGUCCAUUGGCUCGUCACACAGGUGUCAGGUUUUGGGUGGGAUGAGGAUCUCAAGAAGGUUACGGCGACAGACGAUGUUUGGGACGACUUCCUGAAGAAGCACACAAAAGUCACCAAGUAUCGGACCCGUGGGUUCCCGCUGUAUGAUCGCAUCGCUGCCCUGGUUGAAGGCAAGCAGGCGACCGGUGAGCAGGCACUACGUAUCGAGAAUGUCACGUCGACCUCGCGUCCAAGUACCGCCACACCGUCAGCUUCCAAGGGCAGUCGCCGUCAGUCACAAGCCACCACGUCCUCCCAGGAGCGUGCGAUCACUUGGACGCACCAAGCGUACGAAGGCCUCCUCAUCGCCCUCUCCCCGUCGUUCGCUUUCUCAGUCGCCCAAGGCUUCGGCCUCAACUAA